GUCGAGAGCUCUAGAGACAUCUCAUUUACAGCAGAAAAAUGAGUUAUGGAAAAGUAGCAGACAAAUAUCACCAAGUAACACAAGGAUGUUCAUGCCAAAACACUUGCCAGAAAGGAAGUGGUCAAAAAAGAAGAGGUUGUCCAUGUAAGGACGCCGGGUUGUGCUGUGACAAGCAUUGCACGUGUGGAACAAAGUUCGUUUGCAAAAAUAGGGAAACCGAGAUAGCAGCGAACUUCUCAGGCUCGUUAAAUCUUGAUGAUAAUAAUGACACCGACUCAAUCUGUGGUUUCAAAGGGAAUACACCAACACCAGAUAAUCGUCCUUCCAAAAAAGGCGAAUGCAAUAAGGUUCAUGACAAAUGUAAAAGAACACGCAAGAUCACGACGACUCAAACAUGCCAACUUCACCAGAUCAAGAAGGGUUAUGCAUUAGUAAUACACAAUAUUGAAUUCAUAGACUGCGAUUUGGAAAAUCGAGAAGGAUCACGUCACGAUUUACAAGCAAUCGAAAUAUUUUGCAAGGAAGCCGGUCUGACUAUGGACGUUCAAGAAAACCUUGAAGUGAAACAAAUCCGCGCGCAUUGUCGCAAACUCAACAAAAAAAAUACAUUAAAGAGCUAUGAUGGUUUUGUUUGUUUUAUACUCAGCCAUGGAAACAGCUAUGGUAUUUGCGGAAAACGCGGUGAAAUAAUAGGUGUACAUGAGAUCGUCGGUUAUUUCAAGGAAAAUAAAGAUCUUCUGGAAAAACCGAAAUUAUUUUUCAUCCAAGCAUGCCGAGGUGAUGACAUUGAAGAUGAUGGAAAUGAGGAUAAUCCAAGUGUGAGGUUAUGUCCACCAGACACAUCCGACAUUCUUAUUGCUCACUCAACCAUGGAAGGUGAGAAAUCAUAUAAGCACUCCGCCAAGGGAUCUUGGUUUAUACAAACUCUUAUGAAAAGUUUAGACGCGUACGUAAAGACCCAUCAUUUGUUGGAAAUCAUGACUACAGUAAACGACGUUAUAGCUGGAAGCGACUUCAUGGGAGAAAGACAGAUGCCAGUUCAAGUCUCUACUUUGACAAAAUUUGUUUGUUUUAAUCAAUACGCCAAGCCAUUCUGAAGAUUAGCUGGCUACCAAACACUGCGAAUGAUCUUUUCAAGCACGAUACACUAUAUGCUAAGCCAUCCUGAAGAUUAGCUAGUUACCAAACACUAUCCUGAAAAUCAGCUAGUUAUUAGACACAACCACUGGACACAACGAACAAUUGUUUCCAGCACGAUACAAUGUAAAUCAUAUUGCGUAACUUUACUUGUAUAUUUUUAGAAAAAAUCGAACCAACUUUUAUUUUUAACCUGUAUUUCUAAUAGUCUUCCUGGAUAUAUAUGAUUCCAUCUCUUGUUAAUAUUCUACUUCGAAAUAUGUUGUUGUAGUUUAUUUAUGUAAUCGCCAAUCUCACGAGAAUCUUCAUAAUGUGAAUAGUGUAUCAAACUUAU